UGCUGACGUUUUUUGGGCUGUCAUGUGAUUAGCAGGGUUCAAUGAGAGCUGUUUGCCCCACCCAUCUCUUCAACGCUGUCUAUCUCAAUGUACAAUUCACUGAGAAAAGGAAAUAAUCGCUAAAAAUACACCCUCGAAAAGGAUCCAUUCGCCACAAUUAGGGAUUCAACGCGCUCCGUCCGUAGGGAAUCCAUUGCUGUCGUUGUGGUGUCGGAUUUAUCUUCACGUAUCCAAAUGCACAUGAUCUAAGAAGGAUUCAAGAAGGAUACAAAGCGUAGCCUGACAGCGGACUCGGACUGCGAUAACCGGUACGUUAAAAUAUCGACGGAAUCGCUCGCAUUUGCAUCUGCGGUUGAAAGAACCGUAAGGAUCGCCGCUCGCGUCAAAGCAAAGCCUACGGAUGUGAGGAGAAAUUCAAAUUACAGUAACGGAGAAGACGGCGAAGGGCCUCGUUUGAUUUGGACAAGCCGAAAAAAGCGAUCAGUCACCGUAAGCAGAACAGGAGGGAAAACAGCGUCAAUCUGAGGGGAAUUUUUCAGCAGCACCGCCGUAUUUUUCUCGCAGACAACGUCGUUUCGUAACGGAGUUAAAAGGUUCAUGUCGACCACGGCGCAGGGCGGAAUGAUCCACAUGCCGUCAUUUUGGUGGAAAUAUUUAUUUUUUUAAUUUGUAGCCACCCUUUCUAUCUCGUUCUGCCCGUCUCGUUACAUCGGACAGCGGAUUCGACAGCAAGACACCGAAAAGAAUCGCGUUUUGUGGAGCUAUUCAUGAUUUUAAUAGGAGUCGCUCGUUAUUUCGGGAAACCGACCAUGGAUUCGCGACGGGAAAUUUGCUAAUUCGCCGUCGUGGGAAAGCCGAAAUCAUUCAUGUAACGUCGAAGGCUUCGCUGGAUGCACAUCCAUACACAGAAAUCUCAUAUUUUAUAGCAGCAAAGCGCUCGACAGGACUCGGCCGUCUGUAGUCCGGCCUAGUGUUUUCACUACCACCACCUAUUCUCGCUAAUACUAGUCACUCAUAGCUUUCAUAUUUCCCCGUGCUCCCCUCCUGCCCUUAUCAGCGAAAUCCGGGGAAGCGAUGUGUAUACAAGUAUAAAUGUCCCGGUUUUCCAUCAAAGUGUUCUGAUUGGAGGCCAAUCAAGGAAUUUGGAUCAUUUAUUCAUACGGUAGAUACACCUCCCACCCAACCCCACCCCAAAACUUUUCUUGGGUUUUUGGGAAAAUGGGUUGUUUGGGCAACAGUAAGACUGAGGACCAGCGAAAUGAGGAGAAGGCCCAGCGAGAAGCUAACAAAAAGAUAGAGAAACAGCUCCAGAAAGACAAACAGAUCUACAGAGCAACUCAUCGACUACUACUGUUAGGGGCUGGAGAAUCGGGGAAAAGCACCAUAGUCAAACAGAUGCGCAUUUUACAUGUCAAUGGCUUCAAUGCUGAAGAGAAAAAACAGAAAAUUCAAGACAUCAAGAAUAAUAUAAAAGAAGCUAUAGAGACUAUUGUGACGGCAAUGUCCGUGUUGGUACCUCCAGUCCAGUUAGCCUGUCCCGCAAAUAAGUUUCGAAUUGAUUACAUCCUCAAUUUAGCCAAUCAGAAGGACUUUGAAUUCACACCGGAAUUUUAUGAACACACAAAGACCCUGUGGCAGGAUGAAGGGGUGAGAGCUUGCUUCGAAAGAUCCAACGAAUAUCAACUGAUCGACUGCGCACAGUAUUUCCUGGACAGGAUUGACACUGUGAAACAGAGCGACUUUACUCCCACUGAUCAGGACUUGCUCAGAUGCAGAGUUCUGACUUCCGGGAUCUUUGAGACAAGAUUCCAACUGGACAAAGUUAAUUUUCAUAUGUUUGAUGUUGGCGGACAGAGAGACGAACGCAGGAAAUGGAUCCAGUGUUUUAAUGAUGUGACAGCCAUCAUUUUCGUGGUAGCCAGCAGCAGUUAUAACAUGGUGCUCAGAGAGGACAAUCAGACCAACAGACUCCAGGAGGCACUGAACCUGUUCAAGAACAUCUGGAAUAACAGGUGGCUUCGAACUAUUUCUGUCAUUCUGUUCCUAAACAAGCAGGACUUGCUGGCUGAGAAGGUUUUGGCGGGAAAAUCAAAAAUUGAGGAUUACUUCCCCGAGUUUGCACGCUACACUACACCAGAUGAUGCAACACCAGAGCAAGGGGAAGAUCCACGAGUUACGAGAGCAAAAUAUUUCAUCCGAGAUGAGUUCUUGAGGAUCAGUACAGCGAGUGGAGAUGGACGGCACUACUGCUACCCCCACUUCACCUGCGCCGUGGACACGGAAAACAUCCGCCGAGUGUUUAACGACUGCAGAGACAUCAUCCAGCGCAUGCACCUACGACAGUACGAACUCUUGUGAUCGCAGCAGGGAUGACGGGACGCAAACUCACCACCUGAACUUUCUUUAGGCCCCCCUGCCCUACAUCACGCCCCAAUAUCAAAUCACAAACUGAUGAGUCCCCACCUCUUACACACACAUGCAUAUUAUAUGUAUAUAUACACACAUACACAUACGGACACGCAUACACACACAUGGCCUUUCUCCAUCCUGAGUGACUAGGGGCUGGGGCAAGGGGACGCACUGUGUUACUGAUGAAAGCGUGGCUGUGAUAUCUGGCAAAAAGACUUGUUAACACAGCCAAGGACUACCAAUGUUAAUAAAAAGAGAGAGAGGAAAACAAAACAUGUGAGAGGGAGAGGGAGGGGGGAGAAAAGAGGGAAGAAAAAAAACUGUCCAGAAUUGCUCAGGACAAGGAAGCCAUUUCGUACACAUACAGACACAUAAUGCGUCCAGCUAAACUCCUGACCCGCAGUCCUAUGUAUGUUACACGUCAAACUUGUCUUUUUUCCGAUCAUAUGCCUAAACACACGUUACUUAUAUUGAUGCGCACGCACAAGACAUACACACGCUAUUCUUAUCCUCCCCCGUUUUGGUCCUGUUGAACGUUUAGUGCCUAGGCGAGCCUGGCGCGUCCCCCUCACCUUUUCCCCAUUUCCCAAAACUACAUCCCAUCCCCAAAGGUGGACAGACCCCACCGGAGGAGAGCAAAACGACGGACCGUACGUUAAAAGAAAAAAAAAACAGAAUGUAGAGCAAAAUUGCUUUGCGUGUGGAGCAGAGAAUGACUUGAACACAAGACCUAUCACAUGACUCGCUUCUCGAGAUGCAUCGCAGGAGAGGCGAGCGCAUGCAAUGCUAGUUUCAUGCAGAACA